GGGAAUCAUGAUAGCCUGUGGGUAUUUAAGGGAGAGCGACCAUUUUUCAAGUUUAGUUUUGUUAUAGAAGUAAACGUAAUAAAGAGUAUAUUCCCCGCAUUCAAAAUGUACACCAAGGCGAUCCAAGGUGUAAUUUUCCUUUUACUUGCAACAUUCCUGAGCUGUAAUGGCGAAGAUAUCCUGGGCUGUGGAGCAAUGCCACACGGUUCCGUACUUCCGCACACGGAUUGCUACAAAUUCUUCUACUGCUUUAACGGGGUGACAGUCAUUUUAAGUUGCGAGGAAUUCUAUAAAUUCGACCAGAACACCGGAAAGUGCGUCUAUAGUCCUGACUGCAGUCAAGGAUCAUCUCCUCCCAUUAGUUCAGAACACGUUUGCGAUGCUGCAAAUGCCGCAGGUACUAACAAGCCAAGCGGAAUAUCCUGUAAAUAUUAUUAUGCGUGCGUCAAGGGAGGAGUUGCAGUUUUACAGACAUGUCCCGAUGGAUGGGGAUUCAAUGAAGCAGAUUCAAUGUGUGUUAAAGGGCAUACUUGCGUAAAAUCAUAAAUUUUUCGGAACAUUAGUGAAUAUAUAUAAGUUGGUGGCGGAUUACCAUGGAUAUUGGAAUCCAUUUUCAUAAAUUUAUAAUAAAAUGUAUUUGAAAAUA